AAAUAAAUCACCAUGGCACGUACCAAGCAAACAGCGCGUAAAUCUACCGGAGGAAAGGCUCCGCGUAAACAGCUGGCCACCAAGGCCGCCCGUAAGAGUGCCCCGUCUACUGGAGGCGUCAAGAAGCCGCAUCGUUACCGUCCUGGUACGGUGGCUCUGCGUGAAAUCCGUCGGUACCAGAAGUCGACGGAGUUGCUGAUCCGUAAGCUGCCGUUCCAGCGCUUGGUGCGUGAAAUCGCCCAAGAUUUCAAGACCGAUUUGCGCUUCCAGUCGGCCGCUAUCGGUGCGCUGCAGGAGGCAAGCGAAGCCUAUUUGGUUGGUCUUUUCGAAGACACCAAUCUCUGCGCCAUCCACGCCAAACGGGUUACCAUCAUGCCCAAGGAUAUCCAGCUGGCGCGUCGUAUCCGAGGCGAACGCGCUUAA